GGAAGAUAAUCAACUUUAAGCCUGUUGCUGCACCUUGAUUUUGCAGAUGGUGCCGUGGCUUAAGGAGCAUUUUCCAGACACUGUGUAUAGCAGGGGGUGCAGUAAAAGCCACAGUCAAGCCAUUAUCAUAAAGACCAGCAUGACUCCACACCAACCACCUUUGUCCUCCUGUCCCACUCAUUCCAGGAUCCUUAGCAGCAGCAUCCUACAGCUCCUUACAGGGGGUGCCUUAGGACAUUUGAGCUACGUAAACGUUUGGCUGAUUUUGUGCCUGUUUCCAAGAACCUGUGUAUCAAAUCCUUCAAAACCUAACUUUUUACUGAUACUGGCUGAUGAUCUUGGUAUUGGAGAUAUGGGUUGCUAUGGCAAUGAUACAAUAAGGACCCCUAACAUUGAUGGUCUGGCAAAGGAUGGAGUGAGACUUACUCAGCACAUUGCUGCAGCAGCUGUCUGUACUCCAAGCAGAGCUGCUUUCCUGACUGGCAGAUACCCUAUCAGAUCAGGCAUGGCAUCCAGCACUCAACGGCAGGUUCUCUUCUGGAAUGGUGGUUCGGGGGGGCUUCCGCCAAAUGAAACUACUUUUGCCAGAAUACUUUACCAGCGAGGUUAUUCUACAGCACUUGUAGGGAAGUGGCAUAUGGGUGUGAACUGCAAAACCCGCCACGAUCACUGCCACCAUCCUUUAAAUCAUGGUUUUGAUUAUUUUUAUGGCAUGCCUUUUACCCUUGUGAAUGAGUGUCAAGGCACAGAUGACCCUGAAUUGGCCAAGUCUUUGCAAGAAACAUACUGGUUUUACACUCAGAUGAUCAUCCUUGCAGUAUUUACUCUUGUGAUUGGAAAACUUGCCAAUUUAUUCCCAGUAAAAUGGAAAAUAAUCAUCUGUCUGGCCAUCUGCAGUCUCCUUCAUUUCAUCUCCUGGUUCUCCAGCUAUGGUUUCACCAAGUACUGGAACUGUAUCCUGAUGAGAAACCAUGAUAUCACUGAACAACCGAUGAACCUACAAAAAACUACUUCUAAUAUGCUGAAGGAGGCAAUUACAUUCAUUGAGAGAAACAAGCAUGGACCAUUUCUCCUCUUUGUUUCUCUUUUACAUGUUCACACCCCUCUCAUUACCACAGAGGAGUUUCAGGGAAGAAGCAGGCAUGGCCUGUAUGGAGAUAAUGUAGAGGAGAUGGACUGGAUGGUGGGCAGGCUUCUGGAUGUUAUUGACAAAGAGGACUUGAAGAAUACCACAUUUAUUUAUUUUGCAUCUGAUCAUGGAGGAUUCUUAGAGGCUCACAGAGGAAAUUCUCAGCUGGGUGGAUGGAAUGGGAUUUAUAAAGGUGGAAAAGGAAUGGGAGGCUGGGAAGGAGGAAUCCGUGUUCCAGGGAUAUUUAGAUGGCCAGGCGUGUUGCCUGCGGGGACAGUUAUCGAUGAACCUACCAGCCUCAUGGACAUUUAUCCUACAGUAGUUGAACUGGCUGGAGGGGCAGUGCCUCAGGACAGGGUCCUGGACGGGCACAGCUUGCUGCCCCUGCUGCGGGGCACAGAGCAGCACUCCAGGCACGAGUUCCUGUUCCACUACUGCGGGGUGUUCCUGCACGCAGUGCGCUGGCACCACAAGGACAGUGGCACCAUAUGGAAAGCUCAUUAUGCUACUCCAGUGUUUCAGCCAGAAGCCUCUGGGGCCUGUUUCCAAAGAGGAAUUUGUCCGUGUUUCGGGGAUGGUGUAGCCCAUCAUGACCCUCCACUGCUGUUCAGUCUCUCACAAGAUCCAUCUGAGGCACAUCCUCUAUCAGCUGACACCGAGCCCUUGUUUGACACUGUGACGAGGAGAAUGAGGAGAGCUGUGGAAGAGCACCGCAGGACACUGACUCCAGUCCCACAGCAGCUGUCUCCUCACAACAACAUGUGGAAGCCCUGGCUGCAGCCAUGCUGUGGGAUGUUCCCCUUCUGUGGGUGUCAGGAAGAAAACAGCAAAGCAUAGUCUAAUACCAAAGUCAGAGUACAGUUAGCUUUGAAGAAAUUGGUAAUUUCUCGCAUUCACAUGAUUACAGUCAUAAAGAGGUUAAAGAUUAAAUUAUACUGGGAUAACUAAAAGGGACAUCAGAGAUUGGGUUUUUUCUGCCUUUUUCUCUUGCCCAGAGAAAUUAAGUAAGCUUGUGGUUAAAAAAAAACAUAAAAGAAAAUUAGGGAUCAUCUAUAUAAUCUAUACCUCAAGUGAAUAAUUCAGGAUUAAAUACCAAAUAAAUGAAACAAAGUUUAUUUUCAUACUGACUUACAAUUCAAGCAAAUGUUGACUGAUAAAAAAGAAAAAUUUUAAUAGCAGAUGUUUGUAUAGGAAAUAUGCUUGUUGAGAGAACAGGACUGAGGCAAGAGUGUAUCCCAGCUGAGGCCUUAUCUCUUAAAUGAGAAAAACCUGUUGCACAAAAAUGAAAGGAUGAUGACAAAGAAAAAUUAGUGACAACUAAAAUUGCACCUUUAAUUUGGAAACAUGCCAAAAUGCAUUGCUCUCCCAGAAAUAAACACCUACUAAUUUACAGCAAUUUUUUGCUUUAUCAUCAGUACAUUUGUCUGUCAUGUAAGAAUUCCCAGGGAAAACUGAACUGACAAGUAUGUUUUAAAAAUUAGAAAGCUGAAGUUAGCAUCUCAAGAUCAGCAGCAAAGCUAUUCUGAAAUGUUAAACCACAACAAUUCUUACUGACAUGUUUUCCACGUAGUCGUCUCACUUGAGAGAGCUUUGAGAAUUAUCACCCUGCUGCUUUGAGAAGAUUGCGAAAUUUGGGACCCAUCUGUGAGACCAAUUCAUAAACCUGCAUGUCCCACUUGAGUGACAAUGCCUCUGAUUUCAUAGGAGUGCCAUUAUGCCCUGUGAAAAAUAUUGUUUUGUUAAAAACCACUUUGUUUUCAGUAGGAGGUGUUAAAAAUAAUUCACCUCACAGACUAAUUGCUUCUGUGUACAGGUAAUCCUCACCAAGCCAAACAAGUGUCAGCACUCUGUACAGUUAUUAGGGAAAGGGAGGGACUUAAAAUAUCUAAUCCUCUCUUGCUGCCCUUAGGUUAAAUAAAUUAAUCUCUCAAUAUAUAAUCCUACCUCUGUUCUUGGAGGGGGUUUUAUGUCAAAUCACAAUUUCAAAUGGAGGUCCCUGUAUUUUUUCCUCCCCCAAAAAAGUAGACUGUGGGCAAGAGACUCAGAUUCAAACUUUCAGGUCUUCCUGAACACUGUAUAUUCAACUGCAACUAUACAGCUAAAGGCCACCCAGGUUUUUAAUAAGAUCAAAGCAUGGUAAGAGCUGCAGAGGAGGUACUUCAGGUGAUGGUUUCCUUAAAGCUUGCUGUCUCAAGGAGCCACACCAGUGCAGCUCUAUUCAGGACUAAGGUUGUGUCAUUUUUUUGCCUUUUAGAAGCAGAAAAAGACAAGAAGGCCCGUAUCAGGUCCCUCUCUCAGCUCCUGAGCUGCCACAGCAAGGAGCUUUGUGACAGCUUUGUGACAGAAGACAGAGCAUGCCUGGAUGAUGCACCCUUUGCAGCGUUUCAGGGAACCUCCUGACUCAAACAGCAGCAACUCACCACACCCCUGACCUAGCACACUGCUUAAACAGCAUAGGUUGUAACCAUGAUGCAGCACCAAAUGCAAGUCUCUAAAAAGCUGGCCAGGCAUUUCUCCAGGUUAUUUCUCAUUUCACCUUUUCUCUAAAAGGUCACCAAGAAAGUUAUGUGGAAAACAUUCCACAUAAAUCAUAGGGCAUGCAUAAAAAUGAACUGAUUGGAUGCCUCAAUGUCACACUUAAUAGAAGCACCUAAAAAUAUGUUUGUUCUCACAUCCUGAUAGUGUUUAAAUCUGCACCAGCACUGCUACACGCUUGUCAGAUUUGACAUACUUCUGUGGCUGACAGGGACUGAAACCAGAGCAGCUGCAUUUCACUGGAUUCAUGCAGGGAGAAAAGAGCAUAAAAGACCACACAUUUUAAAGCCAGUUUGGCUGAUUCAGAGAUGGAGGACAAAUCCUACUGCUCAGUGGGGAACAAAGCCAAAAGCUGUCAAGCCAGUCAGUUCAGUAGCAUCUACAUUAUCAGUUAAGUACAAGGAUAAGUUUUUUCUCAGUUCAUUUCACUGGCUUCCCUACUCACCCACUCCACUCAUUAGGUUAGGUAUCAGGAAAAAGUUUUUCAUACAGAAGGUGGUUGAGCACUGGAACAGGUUCCCCAUGGAAGUGGCCAUAGCACAAAGCCUGUCUGAGUUCAGAAAGCAUUGGGACAAUGCUCCCAGGCACAUGGUGGGACUCUUGGGAUGUCCUGCACAGGGCCGGGAGGUGGACUCAGUGAUCCUGCUGGGUCCCUUCCAACCCAGCAUGUUCUAUGACUUACACACAAGAACUUGCCCAGUCCCACACUAGGCCAUGAUGAGAGUAUUUACCAGGGCAUGGGAUGGUGGUCAAGCACCCACUCAGCAUGCAAGCAUAGAUCCAAACUUUAGGAAGCCAGACUAGGAAGGCCAGUACAUCAGCAAGACCCAGAACUCCAUCUCUAAACACAGUGUGGAAAGGUCACCCUGUAUAAAUGUAAACAUUAAACAUUUGUCUAACACCUCAUUCCUCUGAAAAUUAAAUUUGCUGAACUGCUGUAUAGAGUCAGAUGCUAAGGAGUCAUAUAGAUAUCCAUGCUGCCUUUCUGACAUCCAAACACAGAUAAUUUUAUCUUGGCUAGCAUCUGGGGAAAACCAGAGGCACUUUCAGGCAGGGGGAGGAAAAAUUAGGGCUGGCAGCAUGGAGAACCUGCUUUUGUCAACUGUUAAGAGACCUCAGCCAGGCACAGGGAGAUGUGCUUUUCCCACACAGAGAGGGAGAGGGCAGACACUGCACACAGAUGAUCUGCAGGCAAGAAGGAGGGCAAAGUAAUGGGAAAGUGCUGAAUAGGAUGCACAUCACAUCAGAAAACGGGGGACAGGAGAGGAAAACAUUCUCCCUCCUAAGUUCCUUUCACUGUCUAAAGCUAAAUGUAUCUUAAAAUGUACACAUUUGGAGGAGACAGUGGUAAGCAGGAAAAGAAGGUUAAUUGUUUUACCUGUUUCGUGCAGAUCCUAGCCAUGGAUGGGUUGCAAAUCUCUGUCUGUAUACACUUUAACAAGAACACUUAUGCUCUGCAGAAGCUGUUCCUCUGAUCUUCUGGCAAAUGUAUAUUCCCUGUAAAGCAGAUGAACUCAACACCACACUCGAGCUGUCCUCAUGAACCCUUUCACAUAAAAUACAUUAAUGGGCAAAAAAUCUGUCACCAACCUUCCUGAAUAACACUGGAAAGAAGAAACUCUUAAUUCAGUUCCGUAGAUCUAGUAAGAUCUUUUUCAAAAUAUAUUAAUAUAAGAAUAAAGCCUAAAUUGUAUGCUUUCUCCCGUCUUUUCUGAUAAGCUUCUCCCUUUGCAGCCAUGCACAAGAACUACAUAAAGUGACUUACUGGGAAAACCUGAGACAACUGGCCAAUCUCCAAGCCAUUGUUAGCCAUACAAGAAUGUGCCUGCACAUGGUUUAAUAUAGACACCAUAGAGAGGGAAGUAUUACUCUGUAACAAAUGAAGUUUGUUUUACUGAAAGAGCUGUGAUUGUACUGUGUAAAUGUUUGACAUUCAUGUUGUAUGAAGCUGACUUCCACUUAACUCGUUUGAUCAUUAUUAAAUGACAUUUGGAGUUGUUGCAUUAGACUGACUCAACAGAGUAAUUGUCAAGUCUCACAGAAGUGAGACAAUAAGCUUCUAAGAAGCCUCACGUCACCAUGUUUAAAUAUUAGACACAUUGCUUUGCUCCCUGCUGGGACUUCAAGGGAGUGCCAGCACACAGAUCACAAGAUCCCAUCUUCUAAGGACACAAAACAGUUGUAUAACAAAUAAACUGAGAAAAGCAAUUUGAGCUCAAAAUUUAUCCAGCUUGAAAUUCCCAGGACCUCCAGGUGUAUUUGAGAGGUGUUUAUAUAAAUGACCAAGGAGUAACAAAAAACCUUUUGCUCAUGACCGAUCGUAGGUUAACAUACACACAAGCAGACAUAUAUAUAUAGUGUUGAACUCAAUAUGACCCUGGAAGAUUUUGUAGGAUGUUUUGAUUGUAAUGUUACAUCUAAUCAACUCUACUAAAAGGUUACUCCAUUUAUUCAAAACCUCAUUUUAAUUGAAUUCCCAUACUACUGCAUUACUAAGAUAUUUUGAAUGCCAAAAAAACAGAACUUAAAAAACAAAUUACGACUCCCUCUAUUGAGAUAAAUGGAGUUACUAGAAGAUCCAAACAACCCUGGCUUCUGCUCUGUCAUUUGUCUAAAAGCUGUAAGUAAAAGCUUUGGAAACAGAAAGAAUUUAUGGAGGUUUGAAAAGAAAAAAAAAGGCUCUAAACUAAACAAGACAUAAAACAGGUACCCAUCCAUGACAUGCAAUUAGUUCUGUUUCAAGUACUUAAUCCUAUGAGAAGGCUCUCAAAAUCUUAUUAUGCUCUAAAUACUCUAAAAUAAACAAAUUCUGUUUCUCAUUCUAUUUAUCAUUGCUCAGAAUGAUGCACAGUGCUAUAAAACUGAACAAACACUUCUCCAAGACAGUUAAUGUUUUGCCAUCCUGAAAAGUAUUAAAAUAAUCACAACUCAGAGACUAGCUGUCUUGCAAUUUUAGGGUUUUUAUAUCUCCAGCUUGUUGAAAUUUAAAGGGUUCUGACAACAGUAAAAUUCAAGAAAAAAGUUCUUGCAACUGUAUUUUUUCCCCUUUAUAACUCUUUGUUUUCUAGCAAUUAUUAUUUAUAAAUUUCAGUCAAUUAUAUAUUACUGUAUUUUUUUAGAUACCUUUGCUAUAAUUAUGGUAUGAUGUUAUUACAAACUGAAAGUUUAUAUCAGGAUGCGAAAUAUAACUUGAGUGUCACAACUUUUAAUUUUUAGCACAAAAUAAACUAUUUAUGAGCCACUCCACUUAGGAUGAGCAGAAUUUUAGCUGAAACAUUUUUCAACCAAUAUACUGAUAAUGCAGACUACUUCAAUGAGCAGUCUUACUUAUUUUAGGAAGCUAUUUAAGAAUUUACUACCACGCAUUUAAUCUCAUAUACUGGGUUAAUAAAAACCAAUCAACCAGCCAAAAAAGAAAAACAAUCCAAACCAACAAAAAUUCAAACCACAGAAAUAAAAUCCCAAAAUAAUCAAAAGAAAAUGGGGGAAACUGGAAUGUGAGAUUUGAAUUAAUGAGAUAUUAAUUAAUAAAACAGGUCAAUUUAAUGUUAUAUUCAAAGUAAUAAGAAUCUUUUAAAGCAAUUUAGAUUAGGAAAGCAACAGAAUCAGGCCCAUUAAGGAAUAAAUAGGCAUAGGGCAGACUUACUGGUGAACAACACGGUGUUUAUAGGAGCACACAAAAGUAUCAAGCACCUGCUACUAACCCAGCCUCCCAUUCAUGGAUAGAAAAAUCAAGGUAAAGAAAACCAAAGAAAACAAAGUAUUUUUUCAAGCACCAGCUUUAAAAAAACCACUGCUGUGAGCUGACUGAUAUAGAAAGACAAAGAAAACUUAUUUCCAAUAAACAAUCCAGAUGGAAAUGUCCUCACAAAACACUAGGCAGUAAGUAAAGUGAUAUUUCAAGAACACCAAUCUCCUUUUCCUGUAGGCUAGGAAAGUGCAUUAACCCACAUGUCUAAAAUUUUCAAGAAUUUCCCUUGUGGCACACCCACACUAUCUCUUUCUUACACAUGAAGAGCACUCAAUAAAAUUGUUGUAUGGCAAAUAAAAGCUGUGAAUAAGUCCAAGCACAUGACAGAAGAAUCAGCAUGUAUUGUUUUAAACACAAGUUGUCCUCUCGAAAUACAAAGUUACUACACAACAGCAAGUCAUAAUCUGGCCUUGUUUAAAGAUGAAUAAUGCCACAAAAAAGCUUACAUUUCUUAACUUUCUUUACCCUAAAAAUACUUGAAGCUAUACCACAGUUUAAUGUGGGAGAAAAAAAAAACAGGUGAAACUUGGUAGUUUUUUUUUUUUUCUGAAGACACAUUUCGACUUAGCAAACCUCAGCUCUGUGGUUAUGGCCACAUGCAGCCUGUGGUCUGAGGGCCCCAACCUCUCAGACCUGCCUGUGACCCAGGAUUUCAGAAUGAUGGCCACAAAAGCCCAGAAUGCUGCCUGAAGCACAGCACUGGAUUCACACACAAAAUUCUCCCUUUUCGCAACCUGGUGGUGGCAACAGUUGUGUGUGUUAGAAGCCACUACAACACUACAUUACCAGUAACCAGUUCAAUAUUUUGUAUGUAAGACAGGACACACAAAUUAGGGCAAGGCUUUUAACAGAUAUACUUUUCCAUGACUAUUAGCAAACUACUGUUUGCUAAUUCAAAAGUUCCCAAACAUUAUAAUUAUGCAUGUCUGUAGAAAUAAUUAUUACUCUCAACCUUUAAUUCUGCUCAGCAGGUAAUGUUAAUGUCUCAAAAUCAAUUAAAUAAAAUUAAAAAAGAAAUUAAAGUAACUAGUUAUUCACAAGUAAUAUUCCCUGGCAAUGUAAACAAUCUAUAGCUCUUCAUCAUCUGAUAAGCACGUGACUUCAUAUGUCUUUUCCAUUUCUUUUAUUUCCAUUACAUUAUUGUACUACAAUUCUUUGCAAAACAUUGGAUAAGCCACACAGAGUACCACUGCACAUACUAACAGUUUGAAAUGUACUCAAUGACACAUUUGACUACAUUCAUAUGCCUAUUUUUAAAACCUUUCAGUUACUGAUGUCACAUCAGUAAUUUUUCUUCCAUAAUCUAAUCAAUGUACCAAAUAAGAUCUAGUAGUUAAUAUAAAAAGUACAGCUGCACGAAGCGUAAGUUCACAUUGCUGACUACAGCUUUAUUUAGUCUUCAAAAGCUGUUAGGAUUGUAUUAGCAGCAUUCUUUAUAAAACAGAGGACUUUUUCAGCAGUGCAUAAGGAUCACUAAGAAACAGAGACAAUCAGAAGAUAAAUGCCACGUGAGUAAGGGUGCACUGCAGCUGCUGUCAUCUCCACACUGCUGCACUGGGCCACAGCACCAAGAGGUAGAACAGACCUGCCUGUGUUAGUGUGUGAAGCUCACCCACACAGAACGCAGGCUGUCGAGGGUGCCAAGGCUGGUCAGAGAGAGAACUCUUCUCAAUUUCUCUGCUGCCCCUAAACGCCUAACCUGACCUAAAAGUUUGUAUUCAACCGACACACCAAUGGGAUUCCCCAUUUAAGAGUUUAAGGAUAAAUGAGAACUGGACAAAAUCAGAAAUAACCCACAAAAGUUAAAGCAAAUCCACGAAUGUGAAUAUUAAAAAGUAAUUCUAAGAUACACAAAGAUUUUUUUUUUCUUCUUUUAAGGGACCUUUUGACUUUUUCAUUCCUUUCCUGAUUUAUUCCUGCCCCACCCUCUCAUCCAUUUUAUAGGAGGAAAAAGAAAUAAAUUUUUCUGCUUCCCUCCUAUCCUGCUAUCCUUUUGUCCUGCUAGCAUCUAUGCAUAAUUGUUGCAUCAUUGCUUUUAGAUGGAAUUCCGAAGAUAUUUCAUUAGAUAUCUCUCUGCCAAAAUUUGUGAUGCAUUUAGACCAAAAUGUUUCAAGUCCUGCAACAUCAGUACAGAAUUUUUAUUCCAAUAUUGAGCAAUGCUACAAAUAACUGUCAAACCUAUUAUUAUGUUAGCAUAACUGUCAAGACUCUUUCUUUAAAAGUUUUUUGCUUUGAAAGAAAGUUUUGUACUUGUUUGUUUAAACAAACUCACUGAGAUGAGUCAAAUUUAAGUACCCAAAUACAGAAAACAUUCCCCCAUUAGUGUCAUUAAUGUAAAGCAAUCUCAUCAGUAGAUUUUUUUCUGGAAUUAUCCUCAGAGAUUUAUUGGUUCCCACACACAGCUAUUGUUUAAAAGAUCUUCAAAGAUCUUUUUUAAACUUUUACUAAAACAAGUGCCAGUUUUGUUUUCAAUUGCACUCAAAUUGCCUGCAGUAUGGGGCAACAAUGCUAAGCCAAAGAAGGCCUUUAUCAGCUGCAGUUUGAAGUACUGUAAACAAAUUUAUAAAAAGCACCAAAAGGUUUACACCAUGCUGUCAGUGUUUCUUCUUCUGACCACACAAUUCACAAUAUGAAACUAAAGCUUACAGUAUUUUAAAAAGCAUCAGUAUCCUAUGGCAACAACAUAAAAGGUUAACAUACAUUAUCACUCUGUCCUAAAGAGUUUUAAACCACACUUCUUCACACUUGUUAUGGAGCUGAGCAGCUUCCUGUAAUUAGGUAGAGCAUCCACUAGUGAUCUCAGAUGAAGUCUGAAGUUCCUCUAAUCCUAAACAUGUUUAAAUUAAAAAUUUUGUUGCAGACUCCUAUGAGGUCAAGAUUUCAUCACUUUUUUUCUCAUAUUGAAGUCUACACCAUGGUCACCCCUGAAGGCGUUAAUUUGGUUUCAAGAAUAAGUUCUCUUUAUUUAAAU